AUGGGUUCAUGUUUAGCAAAGUAGCCUAAAGAAGAAGUUCAUAAAAGACAUUCUUCAAAAUUAAAAGUUAUUAUCCCUAAAAACUAACUGUUGGAGAGUAUCUAUAACCUUAUAUAUUGUCAGAUAACCCUGUUUAUGCUGAAAUGCCUUUCGAUUAAGGAGAUUGCUUUCAACACAAUAAGAACUAAUUUAAGAAUGAAUAUAUAAUUAUAGAUUCCUAACCAUUUCUAUCUACAGAAUAUGGGAUUUAUUAAUGGUGCUAUAAUAAAAAAACAGAUUCUCGAAAAAUUGUUAAAACUAUGAAAAAAACAACAGAUCCUAAAUCAGAUGAGCCUGUAUUGUUCUUAAAUAAUAUUCAUCUAAUGCAAUAUUUAGUAAAUUAUUUAUAAAAGAAAGGAUCAUCCAAAUAUUGCUAAAAUGAUUGAAUACUUUAACGAAACUGAACACUAUUAUAUUAUAUAUGAAGAUUAUAUAGGUGGUAAUCUCUUGAGUAGAAUGAUAACCAAAGGAGAAAACCCAGAACAAAUGGCUUCCUUAAUAAUAGAGUAAGUUUUAAGUACUUUUGUAUAUUUACAUUCAAAAAAUAUCAUUUAUCGUUUUCUAAGUAUUAUUUUCAUAAACAAUUAGAUCAUAAUACUCUUUUUUGUGAUGAAAAAUUAACAAUAACUUUUUUAGAAUUUGGAGCUGCCAAAAAAAUCUAAUAAUAUAUAUAAUUACCAGUUGGAGACUAACAUUAUUAAUCUCCAGAAAUGUUAACUGGAAAUUAUAAUUUUAAAUCUGAUAUCUGGUCUGCUGGUGUAUUAUUACAUUUUCUACUUUCUGGAUCUAUGCCAUUUGAUGGUAUUAUGGCAUCAUCAAUUAAAAAUUCAAUUCUGAGAGGAAUAGUUAAAUUAGAAGAUACAUUUGAUUGGGAUAAAAUUCCAGAUGCAAAAGAAUUUGUUAAAAAAUUAUUAAAUUUUUCAUAAAAUCAAAGACCAUCUGCAGUUGAUGCUCUUAAAGAUAAAUGGAUUGAAAAAGCAAAAUAAAAAAAAUUAGCGUUAAAAAUAAAUCCUGCUUUAACCAAUCUUCGUAAAUUUUAGAAAUGUGAAGUCUUAGUAGAAGCCAUUAUUAUGUAAAUUGUUUAAAUGACUCUAACUUAAGAAUAAAAAGGAGAGAUCUUAUAGAUAUUUUAAGAAUUUGACUCUAAUAGAGAUGGUAAAAUUUCUACAUAAGAAUUAAUUGAAGGUAAUCAUUUUAUUAUAGAUAGAGGAUAUAAAAAAUAUUAAACUAGUACUAAAUUAGAAGAUCAUGAUAUAGAAACUUUAGUUAAGAAGAUUGAUUCUAACGGAAAUGGCUAUUUAGAUUACACAGGUAUAAUAAAUAUCUAUUAUAUAGAAUUCUUAUUGGCUUGUUAAGAUAAGAAGAAAUUAUUAACUGUUGAGAAAUUAAAAUUAGUCUUUGCUUAAUUGGAUGUAGAUAAAGAUAAUACCUUAUCUAUGAUUGAAAUGAGAAGAAUUUUUGGAGGUAAUAGAAUUAGUGAUAAGAAUUGGCAUAAUAUUCUUCGCAAAACUAAUUUAUAACAAAAGUCUGUCUUAUCAGAAUAAGAGUUCUUAGAAUUUAUAAUCAAAACUAUGUAAAAUGAUCAUUCCUUCUAGUGA